AUGGGGGAUGCAGAACGAAUCCGAGAGCUUGAGGCCAAGCUAGCCGAAUAUGAAAACUUCCAAGCUGACGACGAUAAAACACGAGAAGUUGUAGCAGCAGCAAAAGACGCGUACGAGAGCCAGGAGAAGAACAUCCAAGCAAUUCAAAGGUUUGCAGAGACACUCUCCCAAGAUGCGGAAGGGCCAGAGAAUAUCGAAUUGCUGCUGGAUAACUUGCUUGAGUUCGAUGCCCACCGCACUGCAGCUUUAGCAGCGACGGCUACCCUACUGGAACAUGAAAGACAGCGUUCUGCGAAUUACCAGACUCGAGCCCGUCAUUUGCGUGCGCAACGUACGCAGGCACAGAUGGAGAAUCUUCAAUAUUUGCAGAAUGCGAAACUUAUGGCUGAAGACGAAGAUAUUACUCUAGACGAAGCCCGAGAAACGAUCGCUUCAUUUCAGACGUUAGUUGGCGCUUCGGUAGAUCGACUGGAGAAAAUCAACAGUCGACUUGCCGCCCCGAUCAAGCCUUAUGACCCGGAUGACGAGGAGGACGAAGACGACGUUCGAAAAGACCGAGAGGCAGCAAAGCUUCCAGAAUGGAGUCGAGAAAUUUCAGUUCUCAUUGACGAACUAGAUACUGUUCUCACAUCUCUCGAGUCUGCAGCGCAGCCCGGUGCUCUUCCGCCGAGCAGUGCAUUCCGUCGAAAUUCUAUCGACGCGGAAGUGACUUUGAUUCAUGACCAAAGACUUCAGUUCUUGCGGUUACAGAAUCAGGAACAGGAAAAUAAGCUCGCAGAUAAUCAAAAAGUCAUUCAAGACCUUACAAAACGUCUCAACAAUGGCGAAUCCCAAGCAGCCGCUUCAGAAGGGCUGAGUGUGCUGGAAGCUGAGAACUAUCUCAAGCUGUCUUUGGACAAUGAUUACAACACUCGUGCAAUCAUUGAAAUUCUCGACACACUGGAUAAUGCUACCUCUCGUGAUGGAUUCAGUAAACAAGCAACAGACUCACAAGAAGGAAACAAGCUCGUUUUACAAACCGUUGGUGCUCUAAUCAAGAACGCCGACAAACUUCGAGAGAGAAUCAAAACUUUAGAACAGCAAUUGGCUUCUGCUGGAGUCGAUCCAACCCAAGGCGAUCACACCGAAGUGGUCAAGAAAAAGUUCAAUUCAUAUCGACUCGAAAUCCAAGAGCUCAGACAAAACAUCAAAGGCAUGAAAGUGGAGGUGAAACGAUUAGACGACCUGGCCGACAGGAAUUCCGAAUCGAUCGUUGACUACGAACUCAAGAUCGAUGAACAAACAGAGCAGAUCGAUGCUUUGAAAGAGGAGCUGGAGAAUGCAGAGUGCACUUUCGAGCACAAGCAUGAGAUAUCUCAGCUCAACAGGAUUAUCGCCCAAACCGCUGUGGAGUAUGAAGAGCUCAAACAGCAACUAGACACAGCAAACGCCGAUCUCCGUACAGCUCAACAGGAAAUCGACCUUCUCACCAGUAUCGACCCAUCUCCACCAGUCCCAGACACAUCCCCAGAAGCCGAAGAAGACGACGAAGACGAUAGACUUUCAGACCUGCAAAAUACGAUCCAAUCGCUCGAAAAGACGAUCGUUGGUCUGCGUACUACUAUCGAGAAUAAGGAGAAGGAAAUCGCUAGUUUGCAAGAUGGGAGAGAUCAUAACGAGGAAGUAACGCUCUUGAGAAGCCUGAUCUCAGACCUACAAGAUCAAAUCUCUCGGCUCCAGGAAGAUCUCAGAAUAAGCUCCGAAGAAACCUGGCAAGCCCGCCGCGAACGCAUCCGCGAAGCGAACCGCAAACCGCGAGGUCCACGCGGACCAAAACGGAAAGACCCCGCGCUCGCCCAACAAGAAGAAUGGGAGAAGGAGGGGUGGAAGAAUAAGAUUGUGAAGAAAAUCGAGGUCGAGGAGAGCGGGAAGGGGGUGAGAAGGUCGGGGAGGGCGAGAGGAGGGAAGCUUGAGUUGAAGGGGGAGGAGGAGGACGUGAAGGAGAAGGUGAAGAGGAAGAAGGGGGGUGGAGGUGAGGGUGAGGUCGUGAACGGGAAGAAUGAGGGUGCGAGUGUAAAGGGGGAAAAGAGCGAGGAGUUGAAAGGCCGGGUAGGGAAAGGCAAAAGAGGUAAACCUGCUGAUGGGGGUGAGCUUAAGGAUUUGCCUGUGGCCAAAAAGACAAAGAAGGGGAAGAAGUAA